AGGGGGCGAUAUCCACACUGAGAAGGAUUUGUAAUGCGCAGAUAAACCCAAAGAAAAAGAGACAAAGAGUGUGGCUGAAAAGUAAAAGAAGCCACACGUUUAGCAAGAGAAUUUGAUGCCAGUGGGAGAAUCCUUACUUUCUUGUUUGAUCACAGAAGAUGUCUUCACUCCUCAAGGUGGACAGUGAAAUUAAAACCAAGGUUGAUGCUUUCAGGGAACGUAUCACAGCAGAAGCAGAGGACUUAGUUGCAAAUUUUUUCCCGAAGAAGUUACUGGAACUCGAUCACUUCCUCAAGGACCCCAGCAUAAACAUCAGUGAGCUGAAAGAGAUUCACUCGGAGAUUAACCUGACCGUACCGGACCCCAUCCUGAUCUCAAACCUCCACGACGGGCUGGAAGGGCAAAAUGCCAAGAAAAGAAAACUGGAAGAUGGAGGUGAAGAUGCCAUGGUGACUGGCACUAAGGUCUUCGUCAUGCCGGGUGGGAUGAUGAAGUGCAAUGGAAACCUUGUUGAGCUCAUCGAAAAGGUCAAGCCAGAGAUCAGGACACUCAUAGAGAAAUGCAACACAGUGAAAAUGUGGGUUCAGCUUCUCAUCCCCAGGAUAGAGGAUGGAAACAACUUCGGCGUAUCAAUCCAGGAGGAGACAGUAGCUGAACUCAGAACCGUUGAAGGAGAGGCGGCGUCUUAUCUCGACCAGAUAUCAAGAUACUACAUCACAAGGGCAAAGCUGGUUUCCAAAAUAGCUAAAUAUCCGCAUGUGGAGGACUAUCGGCGCACAGUUACAGAAAUUGACGAGAAGGAGUACAUCAGUCUGAAGAUCAUAGUUUCAGAGCUCAGAAAUCAAUAUGUAACGUUACACGACAUGAUCCUGAAGAACAUUGAGAAGAUCAAGAGGCCUCGAAGCAGUAACAGUGACGCAUUGUACUGAUAUUGAUCCAGCCAUCUGAGCCUCCACCUCUGGUCCCCAUCUAUUACUGGUUUGUCUGUAGGACGACCAGACAUUCAUCAACUUCAAUACAAUCAUCCAAGCCCUCUAUUGAAUUCAUAGUAUUGUAGAUGGACACAUGCUCUUACUUUUUUUGUUUCGUUUUAAAUUGUAAUUUUUUUUGUUUGUUUUAAACCCUUAAAAUUCUCUCAGAAAAUGAGGAAAUUAAUUGUAAAGCAAUGUUUUUCAAUUUUAAUUAAACAUGUUGUCUUCAGAACCUUGUGACAUUUCGUUUGUAGCUCUCAAAUACUCAGCAGUGCUUUGUGGCUUUUUUUGGUCCCCUGCAGGAUCUAAAGAUUGAUCAUAUAUAGUAAAUGAAAGACAUAAGCUGUAUUUUUGUUUUUUUUUUUGUUGUCGUUGCUCUGAAUGUUAUACAUUAUACUUUGUAGUUGUGAUGGGAAAAAUUAGAGAAUAAGUUUUAGAUCGAUGGGCUUAAUGGUUUUCAGUGAAAAUGCUUAAGUCACCAGACCGUCUCAUUAUGGGGCAUUGAUGCUAAUGAAUAAAAUGCGUUUUUAUAAGA